UGGCGCUAUUCGAAAUUUUGUGGCGCUUUGGUUGGGGAAAUGGCGUCUCUUCGCCGUUGUAUUUUUGGGCCUCAACUUUACAGAAUUCACAGUCAGCAAGGCAUUGUGGGACAUGAGUACCAGCCUAACAUUUUGGAACGUCAAGGCAACAAUGUGGUCAAAAUUAUCACAUUUUGCUGGUCAUUUUCUUACUACACGUCUCCAUUCUUACUGGCCUACUUGUAUCGCAAAAAUUAUUUCACCUAUGAAGGUCUGAUCAGUAUUGGGAAGAUUGUGGGCACGGCUCUGCCUAUGCUUGCCUUUGCUAUGUGCAUUCGUGGAAUUGGCCGGUACACGAAUGAAGAGUACUGUUCCUUUCUUGCAUUGCUAGAAAGUGCUAAAGCAAGCAACAGUUCAGAACUAAAGAACAAACUCCAGUUUUACGACUUUGAAUUCAGCCAUUGGCCACCAGACUUCAGAUGGAAUGAUGUCAGUAGUGACACUAGCAAGAUCAAGUCUUCAGUUGCCAGCGUAGAAUCACCAAGUCAGACCCACACUGCUUCAUCUGGAAGCCUGUUGUCUCGUCUUGCUGAUCUACCUCUGCAGUUCCUCAGUUAUACCGUCAUCCACACUGUGGGAAGAAUGCUGGUGUAUCCUGGACACACUCCGUUACUCAACACUCUAGUAUGGCCAAAUUUAGUUGAGGGAAGAGCCAAACUGAUUGAAAACAAAGGCGCUGUGCGAUCCAAACUCAUCGCAAGAGAUGGCAAUGAGAUUGAUAUAGUAGUCAUCGAUAAGAGAUCUAAGGAGUCAUUUCACGGCAACAAACUGGUCAUAUGCUGUGAAGGAAAUGGUGGGUACUAUGAAGUAGGCUGCAUGGAGACACCAACAGAAGCGAAGUACUCAGUGUUGGGCUGGAAUCAUCCAGGUUUUGGUGGCAGCACUGGCAAGCCAUUUCCUGAAAAUGAAGCCAAUGCAGUUGAUGUAGUCGUUCAGUAUGCUAUCCAUCGUCUAGGUUUUGAGCUGAAAGAUAUUGUUCUAUUUGCCUGGUCAAUAGGCGGCUAUUCCGCUAGUAUUGCAGCCAAAGAAUAUCCUGAUAUAGGAGGUGUGGUCCUAGAUGCAACAUUUGAUGACAUAGUGCCUCUAGCUGUAUCCAAGAUGCCUGAAUUCAUGAGUGGUUUGGUGGUCCACUCCUUAAGCACAUACAUGAAUCUGAAUGUAGCUGAACAUCUUUGCAAAUAUCCAGGACCUAUUCGAUUGAUACGUCGAUCGAGGGAUGAAGUCAUCACUACAUCUUUGACUCCUGACAUUGCUACAAAUAGAGCUAACAAUUUGCUGCUGAAAAUCAUGCAGAACAGAUAUCCCAAGCUGAUGGAUGAAGACACAGUAGAGGUACUCUGGCAGUACCUACGAGCACCAGACCAACUGGCUGCAUUGUCUUUCUAUGAGACCUUUGAGGUUGAAGACUCAGCUUGCCAGCACGUGAUGCAGGAGUAUGUAUUGCGGCACUCCAGCAGUUUCCCCAUGCUGAUAGGUGACAACGAUCUGCAAUCAAUUACCAAGGUGCAACUUGCUCUCUAUUUGGCUGGUAAAUAUAUGAUUGACUUCAACGCUACCCACUGUACCCCUCUACCAUCGCUAAUGUUCGACCUGCCAUGGUCAGUACAAGAGGAUUCAUUUACCACUGAGAUGGAUUGAGGAAGGCUCAUUAUCUAGUCCAUUAAUCGGUUUGAUGUAGCUGGUUGGGUUUAACGAAGCACAAAACACUGAACUAUGAAGCGAAGAAGACUUACCAACUGAUGUUACCCAGUCAGAUAAUCUAAUGAUAAUCCAACUUGCAAUCAGGUUUAAUUUGGCGUAGAAUGGGGAUGAAUUGCUGAUGACUUUUUCAUGAAAUAUUACCAGUUAACUGAUUAAAUUGUAAAUGUCGUAAAUGUCAGUUUAACCGAUACCAGUUCAAAUAACAAGUAAAGGACUUAAGGAGGAACUCGCCAGUUCGUUUUGUCUGUUAACCAUCUCGGCACACAGUUUAAUGUAUUUUGGUCCUUCAAUUCUGUGGAGUACAGCCUACUUUUACUCUGUCAAUUAGGUACACCUUGGAAACUGUUCUAUGAAACCUUGCCAAUAAAUCGGAUUGAUAUCAGUUUAUUCGGUUACCUAUGCGAUGUAAAAGACACGGUGCUUUGUUGGUCAUGUCUGAAACACUUCGAUGCGGCUGUAGCCUAGCAUUGAGAUGAUGCAGUCAGUUGAAGACCCAUUAUUAUUAUGAUCUGAAUCAUAUUUGCUCUUUUUGCAAUGACAUUAGAACUAUUAUCGUGAUCUGAGUCAAAAUUUGUAUGUACAUGUAAUACGGGUGAUUCCCAAUAGUGCGCCUCCAAGAGUUUGAUUCGCGUUGGCCA